AUGCCAGAUACUGGAAUCACUCGAAGAUACAACUUCACAUUAACCAGGGCAAUCAUCGCGCCGGAUGGGUAUGAGAAAAGUGUGAUACUUGUUAAUAACCAAUUUCCAGGACCGAUGGUGGAGGCAAAUUGGGGUGACUGGAUUGAGGUCGAAGUAUUUAAUAACAUAGAGGAGGAAGAGCAAGGUACAGCUAUUCACUGGCAUGGCAAUGCGGCCUCAUACCUGGAAAAAGCUUCACUUAUCGGUUUAGAGCGUACGUCCAGGGAACUUCAUGGUGGCAUUCUCAUUAUCAAGGUCAAUACGUCGAUGGCCUUAUCGGUCCAACCAAACCCCCUGCUAAAAGUAAAAGCGAUUGUUAUACACGGACCGGAACACCAGGACUAUGAUGUCGACUUGGGCACAAUACUUUUGCACGACUGGAGACAUAAAAGCUUCCAGGAAGUCGACGAUCAAGUACUCAAUGUUCGAAUUACUGAUCUCCUUAAUCUCCCUAAGCUGUUCAAUUUGUUGCCAGUAGGAGAUGGCAAUCUCAUAAACGGCAAGUCAUUUACUAUUGGCGUCUGUAUAUUUGGCAUAGGCCCAGGCUGUAACCAGGACUACAGCAGCACUCCCAAGUGGAUACUCGAGCCAGGCAAGCGGUACAAACUUCGGCUUCUGAAUGUAGGCGGAGAUGGGACGCAGAAAUUCAGCGUUGAUAACCAUAAUCUCUCGGUUAUAUCGACGGACUUUACCCAGAUAGAACCCUAUGAGACUGAAAUUGUCACUAUUGGGGUCGGCCAAAGGCAAGACGUCAUCCUCACUGCGAAUGCACCGACAACCAUUGGCGCUUUUUGGGUUCGAGCAAAUGUUGCCUGGUGUUCACUGACAUGGAGAGGCUCGGCUCUCGCAGCAAUGUUUUACUCCGGUGCCGACACUACGAAGAUGCCAACUACAGAUCCACAUCCCGACCCGUUUGAAUUGAGCACGACGGUGCUAUGUGGCAACGAUCCCAUUGAGAUGUCAAAGCCCUGGUUCCCAAUGGAUGCCGAAGAGCCGACCACAACGUUGACCUUUAACAACUUCUAUACAAUUAACGCGACUGGAUAUCUCAAGUUCUCAAUGGCGUUUCCAGGAUCGUAUAGCGGCAACUACACCGAUCCGCUGUUGUACAAAGGCGUUAUCGAAAACGAGCAAUUUACCACCGGCCUAGAAUACGAUCCUAACCGAGCCCUCUUCAAUCCAGAUCAGGUAUACGACGUAGGCACUAACAAGACUGUUCGAGUUGUUGUCAACAACCCGACUUUUGCACAAAACGCGCAUGCUAUGCAUCUACACGGUCAUGACUUCUAUGUUCUCAGCAACGGCGCAGGUGUCUGGGACGGAACGCUCAACACGAGGAAUCCCAUGAGGAGAGACACGCAGAUUGUUGUGCCAGAUGGCCAUCUCGUCUUCCAAUAUACAGUUGACAAUCCUGGCAUGUGGGCUUUGCACUGCCAUAUACCUUGGCAUCUGGCAGAUGGCCUGGUUGUGAAUUUCCUGGAGCAUCGCGAAGAGGCCAGUAAAUUUUUGGGAAUGAAAGAAGAUAUUGAGUCGGUUUGCAACGAUUGGAAGCCUUGGGUAGCAGCCCACCCAAUAAAUGAUAACAAUUAGGCUAGGUUGCCUUAUUCUAUAUCCACAGAGUGGAUAGUGUCUGUGUACUCUUUGAGCAGAUAAUUUAAAUAGAGUUGCGCUUAGCUCUAAAGGAU